GGAUUUAACCGGGCAGAGGGACCCACGUGAAAUAAUGCUACACCCACUCAAGACCCUCACCUACCUCCUAAUUGCCGGUUGGGCAGUGGUCACGGUACCCAGUUCUGGGGCGGAAUCUCCAACAGUCCUGAAACAUGUCCUCCCCCCCUCCUGUCCACCAGGAAAACUACUUCCAUCGGUGGUCGAAAGCCUCCAACCCUCAAGACGGAAACGGGCCUCUGAAGAUUGCCCACCCGAUAAAACCAUUACGGUAGAGACCCUCAAGGAUCAGCUGAUGCCGAUUUAUUAUACUCCCGACGAGCUUGGGGCAUGCUUGAAAGGUCAAUUCCUGCUGGACAAUCUCCCUCUAGUUACUGCACAAGCUUACACUGACCUCCAGAUGUUUAAACUAAAGCAGAACCUCGACCGGGAAUUUCCUGAAGGAUACACGGACGAGGUUCUUGCUAACCUUGGCGUUCUCCUUGAAGUAAUGAGUGAAGACGACAUUAAAAAAUGGAACAUCGCCUCUCCUAAUACGCUUGGUGCUUUGCUAAGCACCGAACCCACCGAUGACGUGGCCUCCUUAAUUAUUCAGCAGUAUGUGCACCGCGGAAAUCCUCUCAACGCUGCUGCUCUCAACGCAAUUGGACCGAGCUACAUUUGCAUCCUGAAUCUGGACCAGUUGAACAUGAUCAACGAACAAGCCAUAAAGAUGGCCACACCUCUGGAGCUCUCCAGAUGUUCCCAAGCCACUGUGGAUAAACUAUAUCCAAAAGCCAAACAGGCCUUCUCUGACCGCCAUAACGCAUUCCCAGAGUUUUAUAACCUCAUGAAGCCAUACCUGAGAGGUGCUCCAGCUGAGGAUCUGAAGGCCCUAAGCAAAAGCCCAGUGAACAUGGACAUUGAGACCUUCCUGGGCUUGAAAAAUGACGUCCUGAUGAAACUGACCCCCAGUGAAGUAAAAGGUUUGCUGGGAAGGAACGCAGAAGCGCUGAAGGAGCAUCAGUCUGAAUUUCCUAUCAGAGACUGGAUCCACAAACAGAAGCAGGAGGAGCUAGAAAUCCUGGGCAUUCAGGGCGGGAUUCCCGACGGAUACAUUACUCUGGCACGGGCCCCAAACCGUAAGAAACGGAGGGCGGUCUUAGCUUUCAGGCAGGUGUAAAUCCUAGCCACCCAGGAGGCAAUGAUCUGCCCGGGCACUUUCUUCCCCCCAUGGCUUUCCAUUUUGUGAGUGCUCCGGUCUGUCUGUGGCAGAAAGACCUGGAAUCCCCCCCGGGGGGGGGACAGGCAGAGAAGAGAAUCCCCCCCAUGCUGCCCUUGCAUAGGAUGAAGCCAUCCCUUUGUGGCUCCAUGCCUGUGACCACAGAGCCUCAAGAGGAGGUGUGUGUUUGUUCGGACUGUGACCCACCACGAAAAAACCCCAAUGAUGA